GAGUACUCUCUUAAUACAAAAGGAAUUACUUUUCCAAUUAAAGAAAAUGAUAUUAAUAAAUUUGAGAAUCUUAAUCCAGAUUUACCAGGAAUAAAUGUCUUUUAUUUAGAUGAAAAAGAUUGUAUUCGUCCUGCGAGAGAGAUAAAAAAAAAUAAAGAUUAUAAAAAUACUAUAGAUUUAUUUUUAAUUCAAGAAGAUGGAAAAUCACAUUAUACUCUUAUAAAAAAUUUUCAUAGAUUAGUAAGAUCUCAAAAAACUGGAAGUAAUAAUGGAAAAUUAUUUAUUUGUAAGAGAUGUUUUUGGCAUUUCAGUAAAGAAGAAUUACUAGAUAAACAUAUUGAAUAUUGUUCAAAUAAUAAAACAGCGGUUGCAAAAAUGCCAGAACCAAAUACAUUUUUACAUUUCAAAAAUUACUACAAACAACUUCCUGUUCCUUUUGUUGUUUAUGCGGAUUUUGAAUGCUUUACAAAACCAAUGAAUAGUUGCAGUCCUAAUCCUAAAGAUUCCUAUAAUUAUAACUACCAACUACAUGAACCAUCAGGAUUUUGUUUUUAUGUAAAAAGUAUAGUACCUGGUAUUCAUAUUACACCAAUUACUUAUACAAAAACUUCUGAGGAUGAAAACAUAGCAAAAAUAUUUGUAGAAAAACUUGAAGAAGUAACAAAAGGAAUUUACAAUGAUUUUUAUAAAAGAUUUAAACCUUUAAAAAUGAGUGCUAAAGAUCAAAAGAUAUUUAAUAAAGCAAAAACUUGUCAUAUUUGUAGUCUUGAAUUA